UCAUUUUUGGAGAGAAACUGGCGACGAUGACUCUUCUCGUAUAUUCAAUGCUGCAAGAUCCGUCAAUUGAGGAACCACCAAGGCAGAUUUGAAGGUAAGCACUGAUGUGUAGGUAAGGUAGCAAAUAUACUCCAAAAAUGUUAAAGGCAAAGCAAACUCUCUGUCGAAUCCCCAAAUCAGAAUAAGACACAAAAAGCUCCUUCUUUCUUUCUAUUUCUGUAUCAUUCAAACAAUAGUUGUUGUACACAGAUCUCAUUUCCUUCCCCUUCAAACCUAUUAAUCUCUAUUUCUGAACAAUUCGAGCUAUUUUUACCCUCCUCCACACUUUCCCCAUGGCAGACGACACAAAUAAUGAGGAGUUGAUACUCACGCAAUACUUCCAAGACCAAUUCCACGUCCCCACUCCAGGAUGGUGGGAAAAAGCUAAUCUAGCUUUCCAAACAUUGCAGAAACUUCUGGAUCCAAGCCUUGCGGGUCCAGAGAAGGACCUUGAUAGCCAAGAUCAAGGAGGUAUUCCAAGUGCUCGUUGUGCUCGCAUUGGCGCCCUUCCAAAGCUUGUCUGUUUUGCUACUGAAAGCCACGCCAUACAGUGUACGGCAAGAAACGAAACAUUGGAAUGCGUGGUUUUUGGAACCAUUUCGGCAAGUUUGUUUAUAGAAGUGUUUUGGGAGGCAAUCCAAAAGGCUCAAGUUGAGUAUCCGGAUGCGAAUAUUGCUGUGUUAUCGAUUCAGCCAGGCGCACAUCCGGUCUUUAUUAUACGGAUCAAUAGCUUCGUCUUUGAGGUUAGUUAUGGCUGUUGUGAGCCAUUUGUGAGAAGAAUCCAUGAUGAUUUGCCUCAAAGUAUUCCACUAGCGGCCCUCCAAUACUGUGACGAAUGGUUGUCAAAACAAGCCAUUAGAAUUCUUUGGUUGACCGAUUUCGCUCAAAAGUUCAAAAUAGAUAAUACUCUACACCAUGUCUACCACUACAUCAGAGCCUGGGCAACGGUUCAAGGACUCUAUGGAAGUUCUAAUAUGGGAAAUCUUACUUCCAUUUCCAUCAUCGCCCUUCUACAACAUGCAUUAUCAUCAGGUUCCGAACAACAUUAUGUGAAACCCAACGCUCCAGACACCACGGAUCAAGAAUGGGAAAAUUCAAUAAUUGCCUCCCUCUCGUCUGGCAUCAGAUCAGAAUCAUCCCAAGAGAAGCUCGAUUUUGAAACCAGAAUCCGUGAAUUUUUCACCUACUAUGGAAAAGUUCCAGAAAUCGACCUAACACCCUAUUACAUGGAAUGUGGUACCGGUCUCUUCAACGAUGAAAAUGAACAUCUAACCGAAAACCAGCUCACUCAAUGGAUCGACAUCUAUAAUCUCUACCAUCUUCAAAAUGUAGAUAGAUCGACCCUCGAACUUCUUUACCUAAAAUUCCAGCUUAUGCAUUCCAUCAUCGAAAGUACCCUCACAGAAAGUUAUCACCAUUUCUUAUAUUGGAAAAAUCUUCUCGCGAGUAUUCAACAACAAGAUGUGCCGGCUAAAGUUGUGGGUGAAAAUGUCAUUCAAAUAGAUUUCGUAUAUUCAGGCACUUCCUCGCUGGAAUGUGAAAGGUGGUUGGAUAUGCUUCGUGAUAGAUUGGUAGUAUUGAGGAGCUCUCUAACAAACCUUACAUCGUCAUCUUCACCCUUAAUCCUUCAUCUAUGGCCCCAACCCCUAGUCGAUCAAGAAGCAGAUGAUUCGUCUCCCUUCUACGAAGGAUGCUUUCUCCUCGGUCUGACCAAUAUCGACUCCCUAGAUCUCAAUCCCGCCCUCGAAAAAUGGCUUUCCUCACUCCAGAAAGAGAAAUCCACACCCCCAAAUCAAAAAGGCUAUCUAUCCUUUACCAUCCACACCUCAUUCCUAGAAACAUCCCAUCUCCAUCUCCGACCCAGCACCCGUACUUUCUAUCCCCCCUCCAUCACUCCACCCAACACCUCCCUUUCAACUUUCUCCCCCACUCACUCUGCAACCCCAACCCCAACCCCAACACCUCUCCCCCUCCCCACACAAAAGUCCCCUCCCCUCCGCACCGCAAAAGAUAUUCUCCACCGUCUCCUCCACGACCCCUCCUACUCCAUCGAAAACCACUUGAUCGGCUAUCGCGAUCGCCACGCUGGCGUCAUGUUCAAAAAUGCUUCUGACUGGAAACUCGAUACCAUGGACGAGGAAUGGAUUCCUGAACAUAAAGUUUUGUACUUCAUCCAAACCCUACCCGACAAAAACAAAAAAAAAUUCAUCUGGCACCGCGAACAAAAACUCGAUCUCCUCUUCGGAAGCGGCGGAUCCAUAUCGCGCUGGGGAAUCAACGGAGAGAAAUUCAAUAUCAAGGUUCCUGGAUUUAUUUGAUAUGAAAGAGAAAUACCAAGAUGGUGCUGCUGGUAUCAUACCAGAAUACAUAAAUAAAAUACAUAUAAUAUAAGCAGAGGCGUGGAAUGCGAUAUCCACUACAAUUUAAAUACACCUCCAUUACAUCUCCCCAUUUAUCCACUUGUACAUAUGAUAUUAGUUGUUGAUACACAUACGUCCCCACACAGACAGCCAGGCAACCAACCAACCCAGUAGCCAGCCAGCC